CAUAGUUUCCCAGUAAUUUAUCGGCUACCUGUUCCUUAUAAAAACCCUGAUUAGAACGAAUAAGUUAUCACUCAUUACUAUUAUCACACUGUACCUCUUUGUGUAGGCUAUUUGUCUUCCGCUCCUCUGUGUCUAAGCUCGUUUUAUUUAAACAUUCACCUUCGUUCAUUUCCUUGUUAUCCCACUGCUUUUAUUAAGUCCGUCAUAAACUGUAUAAAACAGCUGUGAUUUAGACAGUGUGUGGAAAACCGGUCAGAAGUGAUGUUGCCUAUCUCCGCACGCGAUUGGAGCUAACGGUGUGAUGUCAGAGUCCAUGAGCCCCUGAUUGGCGCGAGGCGGCGGUGUCAGUGCGGAGUAAACAACGCAGCAAGGAUAGGACUGAACUUCACAUCCCACUACAUCACAGAUAGACCGAGUCCAACCUUACGCGAAGGAGGGGCCGGCGUGACAGGCUUUGCCAUCCAGCCCGAAAGUUCCUUACAGUUCGCUAACUACACUUUCAAGACCCUUGUCAAAAGACGUGGAAAAGCCAGCGUAUAGAUGUAUCGUUGCCCGGGUAGAUUUGUUAUUUUCAUCACAGACAGAGCUAGAGAGAGAGAGAACUCGAAAUCAGUGCGCUCCGCUCCUCAACUUCGCGGCGAAACCAGGCUCAUAUUCUAGGUUCAGCGGCAUUGCUCCGUAUUGCAAUUUACGCAAGAGCACUAUUCAGAAUUAAUUUACAUUGGGCUCGCCGUUGCAGGCUACCCACUGGGUAUGUAGCCUAGACAUACAAUGUCAGUUUAACCCGAGCCAGCUGCAGUUGAGCCACACAAGGGGCGCGCGGGAUUUGGGAAGUCACUUUUCUCUGGUGUGUGUGUGAGAGAACCUGUGGCGACCCUCUCCCGUCCAGGUGGCCCACCGGACGGAGCUGAGUCUCCCGCUCAGCCCAGCGGAGCUGUCAUGCUGCCCAAAGCCGACACGGAAUCUUUGGGACUCGUUCGAUCGCAUGGAGAACAGGGGCACAUGCAAAGGAAUAUGCAAGCCCCCCACUAUAAAAUGAUGGACUACUCGUAUGACGAAGACUUGGAUGAGAUGUGUCCGGUUUGUGGCGAUAAGGUUUCUGGAUACCACUAUGGGCUGCUCACCUGCGAAAGCUGCAAGGGCUUCUUCAAGCGCACGGUUCAGAACAACAAGCGGUACACAUGUAUAGAGAACCAGAGCUGCGCCAUCGACAAGACACAAAGGAAACGCUGCCCUUACUGCCGCUUCCAGAAGUGCCUCACCGUCGGCAUGAAGCUGGAAGCUGUCAGGGCGGACCGCAUGCGUGGCGGCCGCAACAAGUUUGGCCCCAUGUACAAGCGCGACCGGGCGCUCAAGCAGCAGAAAAAGGCACUGAUCCGUGCCAACGGCCUGAAGAUCGAGGCCAUGACCCAGGUGAUGCAGGCGGUGCCCACCGACCUCACCAUCUCCUCGGCCAUCCAGAACAUCCACCAGGCAGCUUCCAAGGGCCUGCCGCUUAGCCACCACGGUCACCCGCACCACGCCGCCCUGCCCCACACAGACUACGACCGCAGCCCCUUCGUCACGUCGCCCAUCAGCAUGGCCAUGCCCCCCCACGCCGGUUCCCUCCAGGGCUACCAGGCGGCCUACGGCCACUUCCAGAGCACCCGCACCAUCAAGUCCGAGUACCCGGACCCGUACACCAGCUCGCCCGAGUCCAUCAUGGGCUACAACCCGUAUAUGGACGCGUACCAGACGGGGUCGCCGCCCAGCUUCCCGCACCUCAUCGUGGAGCUGCUGAAGUGCGAACCUGACGAGCCCCAGGUCCAGACCAAGAUCCUGACCUACUUGCAGCAGGAGCAGGCCAGCCGGGGGAAGCACGAGAAACUCAACACGUUCGGCCUAAUGUGCAAGAUGGCCGACCAGACGCUGUUCUCCAUCGUGGAGUGGGCCCGGAGCAGCAUCUUCUUCCGCGAGCUCAAGGUGGACGACCAAAUGAAGCUCCUCCAGAACUGCUGGAGCGAGCUCCUCAUCCUCGACCACAUCUUCCGCCAGGUGAUGCACGCCAAGGAAGGCUCCAUCCUAUUGGUCACCGGCCAGCAGGUGGAUUACGUUGUAAUCGCCUCCCAAGCUGGAGCCACUCUCAACAACCUGAUGAGCCACGCCCAGGAGCUGGUGGGCAAGCUGCGCUCUCUGCAGCUGGACCAGAGGGAGUUUGUCUGCCUCAAGUUCCUGGUGCUGUUCAGCUUGGACGUGAAGAACCUGGAGAACUUCCACCUGGUGGAGAGCGUCCAGGAGCAGGUGAACGCGGCACUGCUGGACUACGUCAUGUGCAACUACCCGCAGCAGACAGACAAGUUUGGCCAGCUGCUCCUGCGGCUGCCUGAGAUCCGAGCCAUCAGCCUCCAGGCCGAGGAGUACCUCUACUACAAGCACCUGAACGGAGACGUGCCCUGCAACAACCUGCUCAUCGAGAUGCUACACGCCAAGAGAGCCUGAUGAGACUGCAGGCGGAACGCUGGACCCUGAAGUAGUUUUUGCGGUUUUGUUUGUUGAGACACCAGCCCUUACCCGACUCAGAACAAACUCUGCCCAUGUUAGAGCUAGACUUUGUGAUUCUGGGGCGGGAGGCAUCAGUCCUUUUCCUUCAUCGUAAUGAUCAACCAUCCUUGGCACACAAACAGGAAAGAACACAUGCAGAAACUGACACCCACACUUACAAAUGCUGUGUACACACACACACACACACACAAACAGACAAACAAACACAUAUGCAAAAGCACACACGUUCAAAUUCAUACAACAUGCAUAUUACAUACACAUACACAUCCCUUUACUUUAAGACAGGUGUGUCUGGGGCCCUGGGUAAAGCUGUGAGAGACGGAGAGAAACAGCAAAAACAUUUGAAAACUGUACAUUGGACUCUGUACAUGGGAGAUCAUUUUUCCCCCUGCUUUUAAUAAAAACACAAACCAUCAAGGUGAUACAAGGACUAGCAGACUGUAACUAAAGUAACAAACAAGCAAACCAUGAGUAUUCUGCACCUCCCAUACUGUUGAAGGGUUUUGAGCAAUGAAGAGUGCCAGCCACCCUAUGAUAUCUGUGGUGAGGGUUUCAGAAGAGAGCAGUGACUUUGGCCAAAGGCGUGUGGGUGGUUCGCUCUCUUUAGACUGGCCCAUGCUUUUCAGUGUUGGUAUUGUAUUAGCUGACUGCAUUGGGCCGACCAGAGCAGACUGUCAGCUGGACAAGAGUCUCUUUAGCCAGUGGCUUCAAAGAAGCUGCAUAGCUAACAGGCCAGACAGACAGACAGACAGCAACGAAGAACUGGUGAAAACGUCAGAACCGGACCAGAGACUCAUGUGCAGCCCCAGUCACCAAAAAACUGAUGAACAAAAUGAAUUAAAACAUGACAGAACAAAAGAAGAGAACAAAAAAAACUAUUUUUGAAAACAUUCGUUUUUUCCUCCUCUUGGUCAUUCUGUGGCUCCUCUUUGUAAUCCACCCUGUAACCACCCCCAAAAAGGAUCUCAUAUCAACAGUGUUUACCAUUUACCUCAGUAAAAUGUGUUUUACACACCAUAGAUAAGUUAUUUGAAUGUUCUACAUGGCUAUUUUAUGGUUGCAUAGACAGAUAUGGAGUGUGCUCCCCUCCCCCCCAAAAAUAUGUAUCCCUUUCGUUAGAACUGGAAAGAAAGCAUGAUUCUAGAUUUGAGAAACGCUGCCUUUUGUCCGAACAGACCAAAGCCUGCUGCAGAACAACAUCAAACAAAAAAAGUAACAAAACCUUAAGUAUCAGUAUUAUACAUUUGUGAUGUCACAGUUAUGUGAGUCUUGCCUUAUUUCAUUACGAUGCUAGCUAACCGUGCAGAUGUGAAUGAAAAUAUGUACAAAUAUAUAUAUAAAGUAUUAAUGUAAAAAAAUAAAAAUAAGAAUAAUUCAAGUGGUGUUUACAUUCAAGCGGUCCUGUGGGAGAUAACUGUGACAAGGCAAAUUGCAAAGCAAUGAUUUCCUAAAAAAACUAAAAACACAAAAUUGAUUCCUCUGGUUUGCUUUCUUUGGUGUGUACAGUGUUUAACUUUUUUCUUUGUUUCUUUGUCCAGUCCUUUAAUUAUGUCGUGAGACACUAAAAUCAAAAAGGAAUCUCACUUAAAGACAUUUAAUUUCUAACAGUUUUUCUGUUGGCAUUCAAAAAAAUGUGCAUAUUGUGUUAGAGUUCAGUUUCAGACACUUGUUUUAUUUAGAAUUGUUUUUGUUUGUCAAUGUUCUAGCUUUCAAUGUGUGUCACUGGUUACGCUUAACAAUGAAAAUAAUUUAUUGCGUCUUGGGGCUCUAUUCAAUUCGUAGGGCUGAAGAUCCGCUUCAUAGCGCAAAUUAAAUGAAAGGCAACGUUCCAGCGCUCGCGGAGACUGCAUUCGCGCUAAAUGCUGCCUGUGUCGGCUCAAUCUGAAAUGACCUCUGAAUUUUAACGCAGAACUUCUGCGAUACUUCCGCGAUACAGAUUGAAUCCAGCCCUGGUUUUUGUUCUUGUGUGUUAUAAGCGCAAGGUGACAAAGCCAAAUAUAUGUGUUUACUGUUGCAUGUUUGUUUUUUUUUUUAAAUGUAUUGAUGCAGUUCAGGAACAAAACAAUUAUCUUACAAAUUAUCGUCAUUUAAAAAAAAAAUUACAUGUCUAUGGGAUACUGAGCUGUAAAUUGGAAAAAAAUAUAAGUAUUGUAUUUAAGUUAAUGGGUGUGAUUGUUACUGUCCUUGCAUCAGUUGUUUCUUAUCAUUGAAUUUCAACUAGCUUCACAUUUCAGCCCUGUUUGUUUGAUACCAAAGACUGCAUCAGUCCCGUGAGCUGUGGUUACCUGUGAUGUGUCAUAACUGAACGAACAAACAGCUUUCCCCCCCCAACCGUCCAGAAGUUUGGCAUUCCGUAAGGUCCGUUUGUGGAAUUACAUUGUUGUCUUACACAAAUAAUGCCCUAAACAUUUGUGAUACAUAUAUAUAUAUAUAUAUACACACAUACAUAUAUAUAUAUCAGUCCGCCUGUCUACAUUUUGUAAGUCAUCUACGUCAAAAUGGAUCAAGGGCUCGAUUCAAUCCGUAGCGCUGAAGACCUGCGCUACAGCACAAUAGAAAUGUAAAGGCAUUGUUCCCGCAAUCGUGGAGACUCCAUUCACGGUAAACGCUGCAAAUGUCAGCUGAAUCGGAACCUUCAAAUUUCAAUUAGGCUACAGCGCUGCUCUUCAGCGUUAUGGGUUGUAUUGAGUCGCAAGUAUUUUUUACAGCGUGGAACCUGUGCUCGUUCCUUCCCUUAUAACGUACACUUCAACACCAUCACAUCAUCCACCUCACAUUCGUCUGUGAUUCAAAAAUAUUUUGGGGGUAUCUACAGUACAUACAUUUCUGCUUUUGUCAAUGUUAGUGGUUGGUUAAAUAAUUGAUUCCGUAUCCAUUCUGAGCAGUGCGUUUUAUAAAAGACAGAAAAAAAGCUAUUUUGGCUAAACCUUUGGCUUUAAACCCCAUGAAGUAUUGUACUUUCUAUUCUCGUCCCCUGCUUAACUAUGGAAGCAAAUUCAUGCCAAAACAAACAAACACAAAUGUAGUCGCGAUAGAUGCACGUUAUUACGAAAUGCGAUGCACUUUGGUGAAAACCCCCCACUGAUAUCAAAAAACAAUAGUCCAAAAUAAAUACAUUUUUAUGUUUUUAUUUUGGCAUGAAUCCAUUACUGUACUUAAGUGUGUGUAUUGAAUGACAAUCUCUAUCAGUCCUCCAUCUCAUUCUGUGUGUUCUGGUAAAGUUCUACAGCUGCCUUGGAAGUCCUCAAACACUCUCUCUCUCACACUCAGAAACACACUCACACCCCCCCCCCCCCCCCAUAUUGACACCCUGUCCUGCCACUUCCUGUUCUGGGGAGUUUCUUUCAAAGCUGAUGGACUUUUUCUUCAUAUUUCAAUAAAUAAUUAUAUGCCAA